CGUUCAAUUUAUUUUAUACUUUUACAGAAAAAUAACAUAACCCCGUUGUCUCUUUCGAAUUAAAAACAGUUAAACUAUGAAAAUAUGUUGUGUCAAGUGAUUAUAUUGGAGUUAAUUAAAUUUUAAGAAGAUAUUUAAUUGACAAUUGUUUUAUUUUCAUUGAUCAACUGAUUUUAAUCAAGAGACUAACACAAAAAGAAUAUUCAUCAUGAUGCCGAUAGUUCGUAACAUAAAAUUAAAUAUUUUUAUUCGAAGAUUUUCAACAAUAACUAACACAAAAAAGUUUCCUGAUGAAAUAGAAAUAUUAAAUCAAAAAUUCAUAACGGAUGAAUGGACCAAUGUUACUCCGCAAAUCCUUGUUAAAGUUGGUAAAAAUUUACACUUGACUCCGUAUCAUCCAUUGUCUCACAUGCGUCAAAGAAUAGUGAAUUAUUUUUAUAAAGCUUACAAAAAUAAAGCUGGCAACCCAGUAUUUAGUGUUUGCGAUAAUCUCAGUCCUAUUGUCACAGUUCAACAAAAUUUUGACUCACUCUUAGUCCCUAAACAUCAUUCAAGUCGUAAUAAGUCUGAUUGUUAUUACAUUAAUCAUGAUAAACUUCUCAGAGCACAUACAACUGCUCAUCAAGCAGAGUUGAUUAAUAUGGGCUUGGAUAAUUUUUUGAUUGUGGGAGAUGUUUACAGAAGAGAUGAAAUUGAUUCUACUCAUUAUCCAGUUUUUCAUCAGGUCGAUGCUGUACGACUUUGUACAGCCGAAGAGGUUUUUAAAAAAACAAAUAAAUCAGAAUUAUUUAGGUUGUUUGAAGAUAGAGAAGAUGAAAGUGAUGAUAAACAAGCAAUUCAUACAAUGGAAGCGGUAAAAAUGAUGGAAUAUGAUAUGAAAACCAAAUUGGCUGGUUUAGCCAAGACUUUAUUUGGAAAAAAUGUAAAGCAUCGUUGGGUAGACCAAUAUUUUCCUUUCACUCAUCCUUCUUGGGAAUUAGAAAUAAUGUAUGAUGGUGAUUGGAUGGAGAUACUAGGAUGUGGUAUAAUUAGACAAAAUAUAUUGACAAAUUGUGGAGUUGAUGAUAAAAUUGGCUGGGCUUUUGGACUUGGUCUUGAAAGACUUGCAAUGUGUUGUUAUGAAAUCCCUGACAUUCGCUUAUUUUGGAGUACCGAUACCGGAUUUUUGAAGCAAUUUCGAUUUGAAGACCCCGACACCAAUGUAGUCUAUCAGCCUAUUAGUAUUUAUCCUCAACUAGCCAACGACAUAAGCUUUUGGUAUCCGGAAAAUAAUAACUUUUGUGUGAAUGAUUUUUAUGAUAUCGUUAGAGAAGUAGGAGGAGAUUAUGUUGAACAAAUCGAUCUAAUUGAUGAAUUUGUUCAUCCUAAAACGGAAAGAAAAUCUCAAUGUUAUCGAAUUGUAUACAGACACAUGGAACGAACAUUAACGCAAAAAGAAGUAAAUGUGAUACAUGCAAAAAUCGCUGAAACUUUAGAAAAAGAAUUAAAAGUUGAAGUUAGAAAUAAAAAACAAUAAAACUCUUAUAAGAUGUUAAAAUUU